AGUGCCAAACGCCCCCCUCGGCUUGAAGCUCACGUGCUUUCUUGGCCGGACAUUUCUUGGCCCCAUAUCUAUAGGCAGGGUAUAUUGAGUGCAGUUAAAUAAUUUUUCAUCGUGAAAAAAAUUAUUUGCAGCAGAAUAACAAAGCUUUGUAGACAUUUCUAAAGUGGCUGCUACAAGAUUGACGCUCUGGAUCCCGUGUUGUUGUGUUGUGAAGAGGCACUCUGACUUCUGCUCUGACUCAUAAGUCAUAUAUUGAGUGAAACUCUGAUUGACUCAGGGUAUAUUGAGUGACUCUGACUAUUAUACGGAGUGUAAACAAAGAAUCUUACUUUUGACAGCGAAGAGUGUAUUUCACUACAAGAUGAAGAGAUUCAUUGAUAUUGGGGCCAAUCUGACCGAUGCUAUGUACCAGGGCAUCUACAAUGGUUCAACAAAGCAUCAGCCAGACCUGGCUAAUGUUUUAGAGCGUGCAUGGAAUGUUGGACUGAAGAAAAUCAUCAUAACAGCUGGCCGCCUUGAGGAGACACAAGAGGCUUUGAAGCUGGUGAAAACUGACGAGGAGCGGCUGUUCACCACGGUGGGCGUGCACCCGACCCGCUGCGGCGCGUUCGACGACUCCGGCGACCCGGAGCGCCACCUGAACGCGCUGCGGACGCUGAUCGAGCAGAACCGGCGGCACGUGGUGGCCGUGGGCGAGUGUGGACUCGACUACGACCGGCUCCAGUUCUGCGACAGGGACACGCAGCGCAGGUACUUUGAGCGGCAGCUGAGUCUGAGUGAGAGCUCGAAACUGCCGCUGUUCCUGCACUGCCGCGCCAGUGCUGCCGACCUGGUGGACGUGCUGCGAACUAACGCCGGCAAGUGUCACGGCGGCGUGGUCCACUCGUUCGAUGGCAGCACGGAGGAGGCUGAGCAGAUCAUGGCGCUGGGAUAUCACAUCGGAAUCAACGGAUGCUCGCUGAAGACGGCGGAGAACCUCUCUGUGGCGGCGGCGCUGCCGGCCGACCGGCUGCUCCUGGAGACGGACGCGCCCUGGUGCGAGGUGCGGCCCACGCACGCCGGCAGCGCGCACCUGCGGCCGACGCCGGCCGACGCCGCGCCCCUGAAGAAGGAGCGCUGGCAGCCCGACCGACCCGUCAAAGGGCGAAACGAGCCGGCCAACAUCACGCAAGUUCUUGACGUCUUAGCAGGUGUGCGAGAGGAAGACGCCGAUGCACUGGCGGAACAGGUCUAUGCCAACACGAUGCGGCUUUUCUUCCCAAACGAGGUUUAGAGGGGACUGGUGCUGC